AUGCCUCGCGAUCCUCUCAUCGCGCUGGUGGGCAAGCCGUCAAGCGGCAAGAGCACAACCCUCAACAGCUUGACAGACACAACAGCAAAAGUGGGAAACUUUCCCUUCACCACCAUCGAUCCCAACCGCGCCGUAGGCUACCUCCAAAUACAAUGUGCCUGCUCUCGCACAUCAAUACCGGGAAAUACUCCCCCGACACCUGACGACCCGCCGCCUCUGGUGACACGCUGCAAACCCAACUACGGCGUCUGUCAGCAAGGGACGCGGAGCGUGCCGAUUGAGCUGCUAGAUGUCGCGGGGCUGGUGCCCGGUGCGCAUCAAGGCAAGGGAUUGGGAAACAAAUUCUUGGAUGAUUUGCGCCAUGCAGAUGCCUUGAUUCACGUGGUCGAUGUUUCCGGCACCACGGACGCGGAGGGAAAAGCAACACGUGGUUACGAUCCCUCGCAGGAUAUAGUGUGGCUGCGCUCAGAGAUUGUCAGCUGGGUAUUGGGAAACUUGAUGCAGAAAUGGGGAGGGAUCAAGCGACGACAUAUAGCUGUCAAGGCUACUGCGGUGGAAACACUGCAGAACCAAUUCUCCGGAUACGGAUCGACCUCAGCUGUGGUUGCGAGAACACUGGACAAGAUGGCACUGAAGACGCCACUGCCGGACUGGGACGAUGCGACGGUGGAGAGCGUGGUGAAUGCCUUUGUGGAUGAGAAGUUUCCCACGGUUCUGGCGCUGAACAAGAUCGAUCACGCCGAUGCGGACAAGAAUGUGAGCAAGAUCGCCAAGUUUGAAAAGGCGGAGAGACUGGUACUCUGCAGUGCCAUUUCAGAGGUCUUUCUACGGAGAUUAGUCAAGCAGAACUUCAUCCGAUAUAUACCGGGCUCGGAAUUCAUCGACACACGAGAGGAUCUCAUCGAACAAGGCGAAGAGGAUGGAGGUGGACUCAAGGAAAUGGACGAGAAGCUCAAGACAAGGAUUGAGAAUUUAAAGGACAUGGUCCUUUAUCGAUUUGGAAGCACGGGUGUCAAUCAAGUGCUCACUCGUGCUUCUGAAGUGCUCGGACUGGUUCCUGUCUUUCCUGUACGAAAUAUCAGCACGUUUGGAAGUGGAGAGGCGGGUUCUGGCGGUGAGCGAUCGGCGGUGUUCCGAGACUGUGUCUUGGUGAAGAAAGGCAGCACUGUCGGAGAUGUCUACCGCAAAGUCAUGGGUGAUGCACCGCUUGCGUAUGUCGACACUGUGGGAGGUGUGAGGGUAAGCGAAGACGAUCUGGUCUCGCCUGGAAAGAAUGACAUUCUCUCCUUCAAAGUCGGACGUGCUUAG